CCGGGCGCCGGCGGCCCCGCGGGACUCGGUGGCUCCAGCUCCGCUGGUGCAGCCCCGCCGCCAGGUUAUUUAUCAGCCUGGGUGCCUGGUUCAGACCGGUUCCCGGAGUGUGCUGUGCGGGGCCAGGUUGUUUUCUUUUCUUUCUUCCCAAAGGGAAUGCACCUGCGAACCCGGCCAGCUCGUCCCAGAAGCCACGCGCUGGAUCCCUGCGGGCCGCCACCCCUGUGGAGGCCUCAAAGGUCCAGGGGCCCUUCUGCUGAGCUGCUGGGCAGCGCAGGCCCGGAGCCGUGGAGUCGGCCGGCCGUCUAUGGACCGAGACCUCCGAAACCGUACCCCAGGGCCUGGGAGAAAGUGCCCAGAAAAGUGUGCGCCUGCCAGUUCCCUGCAGACGCCCUCAGGGCCCACCAGGGGGCGCCCGAGACCGCACUAACCGACCAGGACCUGCUGGAGAACCGGCCGUCCCUGAGAUCUCGGUGGGAAAGCUUGCAUGCAGACUUGCCAUGUGCACGAGGUGAAGGCCAGGGCCCGACGGCAGGAAGGCUGACGAAACUCUCACGAGGGGAGCUGGGCUUUCUGUUGCUUUCUUACCCAGGUGCCACUUCAGAGGAUUUUCUUUGGCUUCUUUGGUCGCAUCCUGCCAAGGUGCACGUGUGCCUGCCUGUGUGCACACCCAAGGAGUCAGACCAGGACCAUGAGCUGGUAGUUCCCUGGAGAAAAGAGCAAAGACUGGUCCUCCCCACUCUCUGGCUCCCUGUCUCGCAGGUGAUGUCUUCUGCUCACACCAUGAUUCACAUCCACCAUGACGUGACACAACCAAGGGACUCUUACGAGAGCCUGAAACAAGGGGGUUGCCAAAUCUUGGACUCUUGGCCCCCCAAACUGUGAGCUAAACAAACCUCUUUUCUUCAUAA